AUCAGACCAGUACUUCCUGGGUGGCUUCACCUUUCCUCCAGAGUCUUUGGUAAUGCAGUAUGUUAUUAUCCGACAUGAUUAUGUCGGUUCCUCAUUCCCAAACUAUAGGAACUCUGGAUACCAGUACCAUGUGAACGAUAAUACGGCAUUCCAGAGCAUUCCUGAGAACUAUAUGUUAUCACACUCAGAGACAGCAGAUGAUAGAUCGCUUUACUUUCCUCAAGAUCUAUGUUAUCCUCCGCCCGAGGAUGACAACCUAACCCAAGCAUAUGUUUGGUAGGUCUAUUGGGCUGAGUCACGAGCAUACUAUUCAUUUAGCUACUAGGAACCAGUGCGGACAGCUUCCGGGGUUCAACUCGGGCACAUUCCCUCCGAGUCCAUUCUUGCAAACGAUGAUGUCACAGUCGUCGACGGAACCAUUACCUAUCAUGAUGCCGUCUCAAGAACAAUCGGCCCUUUCUGAAUGCGCAUGGAUUGAAGAUGGUAAACGGUGUGACCAUCCCAUUUCUCAACGCAAACUUGGCGUGCAUCUUCGCGACUUUCAUGGUGUGUAUGGAAAAGAGAAGAAACCCGUUGUAUGCUUCUGGCAGUUUUGCGAUCAGAACAUGCAAAGAGGCUCUAUCGUGCGGCACAUCAUUAGCUGCCACCUGAAAACUAAAUGGACCUGCAAGAAUUGUUGCAAGACGUAUUCUCGCCGUGACGGCUUAAAGAAGCACGCCAAGGACUGUCAAGCCGCAUAGGCUUAACCGCUAACAACCAGCAUCACAUCUUCUCGCUCGUUAUCGUACUCUUUCUUUUGAUGACUAACACCAAUCAUUU